ACUGUGAUAAUGAUGGAGCAGAGCUGCUCAGUCGUGUUCAGUCUGCUUCUCGCUGCACUUGUAUUUGUAGAAAACCCUAAAGAUGUCAACUCCAGUCCUGUUCCUGAAGCCAGUCAAGCACUUCAAGAAGACUGGCUCAUCACAGCAUUGCUUUAUAUGGAGUCUAACCCAGAGACAUUACAAGAGCUGCUGUCGAAGAACUAUGCAGUGUUGGAGGGUGACAUGAUGUUGUCGACUGACAGGAAUGCUGUGGGACAUACAUGGCCAACACAGAAGAUACCAUACGUUAUCAGCCUGGAGUUAGCCAGUCGGACAGAGGACAUCCUCUCUGCUAUCGCCAUGGUUACUGAACACACAUGUCUGACCUUUCACAAAAGAACAACAGAGACUAACCACCUGCUCUUCAAGAUCGGCAAAGGAUGUGCGUCAUACGUGGGCUUAGUUGGCGGCGAGCAGCCUGUGUUUGUCGCUCCUCAGUGUAUUAUUGGUAACAUUGUCCAUGAGAUUCUUCACGCGUUGGGUUUCCACCAUGAACACACGAGGAUGGACCGUGAACAAUACAUCACCAUUUUCCCUGAUAAUAUCAUGAAAGGGAUGCAGAGAAACUUCAAUAAGCAGCAAGGAAACACUUUUAAUCUUCCUUAUGACAUCACAUCCAUCAUGCACUACGGAGGAGGGUUUUUUUCAGCAAAUGGUCAGCCCACCAUCGUGUCAAUAAAAGACAUAAAGGAGAUGGGACAGAGGGCUAAAAUGACACAGCUGGACAUCCAGAAAGUUCGUCACCUCUACAAGUGUGAUGCAACAGAAACACAGACUGGGAAGGGAAGUGGUGAAGCAGACAAAGAAGGCAGUACGUCAAAUGCUGAGGAGGAUACUAACUCCAUGAUCCAGGAUGUGAAGGUCUUCUUCAACAGCACCAGCAGAGGAAACCAGAGUAUUGUUCCUGCCGGGGGAUAACCAGAGGAAAAUCGCACCGCUUCACAGCAGCACCUGGACACUGCCACUGGAGGGCCCAAUAAUACCAGCCAGCAAACAGGUUUACGCUGAGCUGUGAUAAAAUCUUUUAAUAAAACUCAAAUAUUCAAACCA